AGGUAUGUUACAAGAAGCUUGUAGACGGACGCUAAAAAGAAUUGUGACACCGUCCAUCUUUCUUCUUUGUGCCUGGAUUCUCGUUUCGGGUCAGCUUCGUUACAGCAUUCCCGAGGAGGAAAAUCUUGGAACUAUCGUUGGUAAAAUCGCAGAAGAUUUAGGGCUAGCCGUGGAAGAACUACUACGUCGCAGAUUUCGUAUUGUUUCUGAUUCACCACCGCAGUAUCUGGAUAUAGAUCUAACUACUGGAAUAUUGUUUGUGACUAAAACGAUAGAUAGGGAGGAACUGUGUCCGGAAAGCCUGCUCUGCAUCCUGCCUUUAGAAGCUCUAAUUGAACGUCCAGUGGAACAGUAUCGCGCUGAAAUCGAGAUAUUGGAUAUUAAUGACAAUUCUCCCAGAUUCCCGGUUAGUGAAAUACGUUUGGAAAUCGCUGAAUUCGCGAUACCCGGAGCGCGUUUUCCGUUACCAGAUGCGCACGAUCCGGACGUCGGGGAAAAUUCAAUUCGCACGUACCAGCUGUCUCCGAAUGACCAUUUUGUAUUAGAUGUUCAGAUCCGCGGGGAAGCAAAAAUCCCGGAAUUGAUAUUGACGAACACGAUCGACCGAGAGAGACAAUCGCUACAUCGAUUACUGCUCACAGCUUUGGAUGGUGGAUCUCCGCAAAGGACGGGCACGACCAAUGUAAUUAUUAAUGUGUUGGAUGGUAAUGAUAAUGCGCCGGUAUUCCAACAAUCCUUCUAUGUUGUCGGGCUAAUGGAAAAUGUGCCAUCCGGCACUCUGGUGAUCAAACUUCAUGCAAGCGAUUUAGAUGCGGGAUCCAAUAACGACAUUGCUUAUUCUUUCAGCGGAUAUAAUAAAGCGCGGGUGAGCGAACUGUUUGCCAUUAAUGCUAUAUCGGGGGAGAUCACAGUUAAGGGAAUUUUGGACUUCGAGGAAACAAAUAAAUAUGAAAUUGACGUGGAAGCGAAGGACAUGGGGUUUCACCCUUUAUCCACACAUUGCACGAUCCAAGUGAAUCUCAACGAUGUGAACGAUAACGCUCCUGAUUUUGCCCCAAGUACUAUUCCUAAGAUAGUACGGGAAGAUGCGUCGACUGGAACAUUGCUAGCUUUAAUCAAUGUGAGAGACAGGGACUCUCAUGCAAACGGACACGUUGAUUGCACCAUCUCACCAAAUCACCCGUUUGCUCUCAAAUCAUCAUUUAAAAAUUCAUAUAGGUUGGUGACAGAUGAUAUAUUGGAUCGAGAGCUAGCUUCUGAGCAUAAAAUCUCAAUUACUUGCAAGGACCGGGGAUCUCCUCCGCUAUCCACCACCAAAAUGUUUAUCAUACACAUUUCAGAUAUUAACGAUAACGCACCGAUGUUCCAGCUGUCGUCAUACACAGUUCACGUUAUGGAAAACCAUCCACCCGGGAGUUCCAUCGGAAGGGUGGCUGCUACGGACGGUGACAUAAACUUGAACUCCCACCUUUCUUAUACUAUCCUGGAGAGCGAGGUGCAGAAUGCGCCUUUAUCUUCCUAUGUCUCGAUCAAUCCUGAAACAGGCGUUAUCUAUUCGCAGCGGGCAUUUGAUUACGAGCAUCUUAAAAACUUCCAGUUCAGAAUUCAAGCGCAAGACAGUGGAAUCCCACCACUUUCCAACAAUGUUACUGUGAACGUGGUUAUCCUUGAUCAGAAUGACAAUCCACCUGUGAUAAAAAUUCCAGAGUCAUCAAACUAUAGCAUGACAGCUAUACCACGGUCGGCAAGCCCAGGAUACCUAGCAGCCAAGAUUAUUCAUUCCGAUGCCGACUCUGGUCAGAAUGCACGCAUUUUCUAUCAUAUUCUAAGUGCUACUGAUUCUGGACUGUUUACAAUUUCCCGUAAUUCAGGAGAAGUUCGAACAGCUCGUUAUUUCAAGGACACGGAUUCCAUCAUACAAAAAAUCAUUAUACAUGUGAGAGACAAUGGCCAUCCUACGCUGUCCGCCACGACUACUGUUACCUUCUCAGUUGGUGAACAGAUCGCAGAAUUACGUUCAGACUUUGGAGACACAAGCACGCAUUUACAGAAUUCAUAUGAUUUACCCUUUGUUAUCGUCAUUUCUUUGGGGCUAUUAUCAUUCAUACUUCUGGUCGUUAUAAUUGCGCUAUCUGUCGCAAUUUGGCCGAUUAACAGAAGGCCAACCUAUGCCAGACGAAGACCUUGUGCGGCAUGCUGCUACGUCGGUGACUUGGAAUCCGAGCGCCAAAUACGGAACGCUCACCUUAAUCUGCAGUUUGCAUCUGAUCCAAAAAUGAUUACAAAUGUCCUGGAGGUACGAAAGGGCGGCUCCCUAGAUACAUACCACUACAGAGUUCGCUCGACAGCUCAAGGAGAUGCAACUGCGUUUACGACACCGUUCUGUCCAACAACAGCAGAAUCUAAUGAGUGGAAUCACGGAAUUUCUGCGGAUCAGCUUUACGCGAAAGAAACCAGUGAUCACACUGAUAAACGUAAAAAAGUAAGUAGCAACCUCAACUAAUAACUACCUACAUACAA